AACAUCACGAUUGAUUUGUGUAAUUUGAUGCAUGCUACAUUGUUUAAUGGAGGAAUAAGUUUAGAAUGAAAUUAAAUUCAUGGAAGAAUUUAAACUGAUUCCUCCAUGAUUGUAUAUUGCACUUGUCUUGGUGGAGAUUAACCAGUGAUGGUAUCAAAUGACAGAUUUCUAUAGGACAAUGUAUUGUUUACUUGUGCUAAAGAAUGGAGUGCAGUCAUUUCAUUAAUGUAAAAUUAGCAGAAAAUAUUGUGAUUUAAUGGUUAAAGGAAUAUAUUGCUAACAUAGCUGACAUUCUGUUAAAUAGAUGUGCAGGAUAAUGCACCUCUAAAUGAUAGGAAGCUUUUGAUUUGUGCAACAACGCGACACUAAAACUGAUUCACUCAUGCAUGACCGCCCUGUAUUCUUUGCACAACAUAUAUUUGGCCAAAUUGCUUCCUGGAAUUCACGCAACCCUGUGAACUCAACGUUCUCGCAUUCCCAAAUGACUUCAUGAGGACAGCUCGCUUAACAUCCAGAUGCUACAUCUUUUAUCAAUUCUUUAUCUUUUUUAGCUUCUAGGAAAAGUAGAAUUAGUUUUGGCCGUCUUUCAUUUAUAAAUGAUUCAGCUCUCUCACGUCCAUUGUCUGACCUUAGUAUGAAGGAUGAAGAAAAUGAUUCAGAUAUCUUACCUCCAAUGCAUAUGCUUAGUAUGAAGGAUGGAGAAAGUGAUUCAGCUAUGGCACAACCAACCCGAAUGCGUAGUUUUGAGGAAGAAGACAAUGAUGCUGAUGAGCCGAAUCAUAGUGCCUUUUUCUGGAGAGCCAGAGAUUCAGCUAGGGCACGACCAACACGAAUGCGUAGUUUUGGGAAAGAAGAAAACAGAAAACAUGAAUUGCUAAUUAAUACAGGAAUGAAAGGUACGUCCUUUCCUCGACCACUACUAAAACAACAAAUGCAAAGUGCCAGCAUUCCACCACCGCCACCGCCUCCGCCUGGACAAAGUUAUGCAUUUCCAUCAGCAGACGUGCCAGCCUACGAUAUUUCAGGACCAGACCUGGCACUGCAACAGACUCGAAAGCUAGCACCACCACCUGCUUCAUCUACACCUUUAACACAAUAUAGAUCAGCAUCUCCUAAUUUUUCAGCCUCGGCCUACCCUACACUUAACCAGGUAGAACCAGUUAGAAAUUCAGCCUUCCGUGAAUCUGUAAGCCCACACAGCCAAGAAACCUUCAACAGUUGUGAUAAUAUAUCAUUUGAGUAUACGGGACCCGGCUGUGCAUCUCUCGGAGGUACUGGCAAUGAUAUACUAUGUGAUAUGUUAUCCCGUGGAUCAUCAUCUCCCCAACUUGGUGCCAAUGGUUUGUAACUUCUUGUGUUUUCUUGUAAAAUAAAAUGUUUUGGGCUCUGU